AUGUUUGUACUUACAUUAAUACUCUUUAUUUUAGUAGUGUAUUAUUUAAAGUAUAGACGUUCUCGUAAAUUACUUUAUAAGUUUUCUGAAGGCCUACAUUCUACAGGUGAAUUACCAAUUAUUGGACAUACGCAUUGGUUCAUAGGUGGACCGGAGAAGUUGUUAAAUAAUAUUCGUUCGUUGGCUGAGAGAAUAGACGAUACUGGUAGUAUAUGUAAAGUUUGGAUUGGGACAUCUCUCUACGUAGUGACCUUCAACCUCGACGAUGUUCAGUUGGUUUUAGAAUCGUGCUUGGAAAAAGAUUCUAGUUAUAAAUUUCUAAGAGCUUGGCUGGGAAAUGGAUUGUUUGUAGCGCCAGUUCAUCUAUGGAAAUCUCACAGACGUCUUCUUCUGCCAGUAUUCAAUAAUCGUGUAAUUGAGGACUACAUUGAAAUUUUCGGUAAACAGGGCGAUAUCCUAGUGAAGCGUCUUCAAGAUAGAGUUGGAAAGAAGCAGUUUAAUGUCUAUGAAUAUGUUACUUCUUGUAUGCUGGAUAUCGUAUUUGAAACAUCAAUGGGUGAAAAGAUGCAUGUGCAGAGCAACCCGGACACGCCGUAUUUGCGUGCGCGGAAAGCUGUUAUGUCUAUUAUAAACAUGCGGUUGUUCAAGGCUUGGUUACAACCUGACGUGUUGUUCAAUUUGACUAGACACGCUUCAUCACAGAAGGAAAAUAUAGAUGCUACACAUAAGUUCACCGAUGAGGUCAUAAUGAAAAAGAAAACUGCAUAUGACAAAUUCAAAUAUAAUAUAAAUGGAUCUGAGGAGGAAAAAGAAGGCACAAAAGACACAUUACAAAUAUUGUUAGAAAGAGAAAUUAAUUUCAGCAACAUAGAAUUGCGUGAGCACCUUGAUAGCUUGACUAUAGCUGGUAAUGAUACCACAGCUCUUGUGAUAUCAUACGUGUUAAUUUUGUUAGGGAAUCAUCCAGACACACAAGAGGAAGUGUACAUGGAACUGAAGUCCAUAUUUGGCAAUUCAAAAAGAAUCCCAACCAAAGAAGAUUUGGGUAAAAUGGAAACCUUAGAAAGAGUUAUUAAAGAAACAAUGCGAUUAUACACUGUUGUCCCUAUCAUUGCACGCAAAACUCUAACAGAAUUGAAACUUUCGACGUGCACUGUACCAGCUGGUGUCGGCUGUGCAAUUGUUCCAUUCGUGAUGCACCGAUCGAAGAAGAUUUGGGGUUCAGAUGCAGAUAAUUUUAAUCCAGACAGGUUCUUACCAGAAAAUUGUGCUACUCGUCAUCCCUGUGCUUAUAUGCCGUUCAGUAUUGGACCACGUAAUUGUAUAGGUCGCCAUUUUGCAUUCCUAGUAAUGAAAAGUAUUAUUUCAAAUAUUUUGAGAAGCUUCAAGAUAAUAUCAGAACCCUGUGGCCCCCUUAAAAUUGAGAUAAUUCUGUUUCCCGUUUGUGGACAUUUAAUUUGUUUAGAAAGACGCUCUUAA